UCUCAUUCAUUCUCUUCUCAUAAUCGAGAAGUGGUGUUGGAAAUGACAUUCAUUGCAUUCGCGUCCUUUGUGUUACUUGCUGCUUGUAUUUUCGUCAUAACGGAUGCACUAGAAUGUUACAACUGUCCUAGUAUCAGCAAUACACAUGACUGCAAUACAACGGCAGUGUGUGCAGUAGGGCAGUCUUGUUUCCUAAAAACAUUCGAAAACGGAGGCGGAUCGUUCUCGCUUGGCUGCAUUUCAAAUGAGAAAUGUACAUCAACACACAUCGGUAGCUCGGCAAUCAUUGGACGGUCUACCUUAACGAAGGAAACUAGGGACUCACCCACUUGCCACGAAUGCUGUUCUAGAAACUUAUGCAAUGCUGACCUGUGCCAACAUCAACUACCAUCAGAUUGUAUUGACGAUCCCAACUUCGACUGUGCAAGGAUGAACUCCGUUCUUAAUAUCUGCCAGAGCACACAACAGGCCAAACUUGUAUGUCCAAACUUCUGUGGACUAUGCAACAUCGUUGACGGCCACUGGGCUGAUUGGUCUGUUUGGAGCGGAUGUGACGUCACGUGCGGGAAUGGUGAACAUUCACGUGACCGCACAUGCACCAAUCCAGCUCCAGCACACGGUGGACAAGACUGUACUGGUUUAAACGCUGACAGAAAGACUUGUAAUAACAAUCCAUGUCCAUUACACCGUGGAUGGAGCUUUUGGUCAUCAUGGGGAUCAUGCUCAGUCACAUGCGAUGUCGGAAUGAUGAGGCGUGACAGGUCCUGUUCUAAUCCUUACCCUGGUAUUCAUGGAAACCCCUGCUUUGGCGAUGCCCGAGAUGACGCGAUAUGUAAAGAAAUGGCAAACGGAGGCUGGUCUGAUUGGGAAUCAUGGAGUGCUUGUCCCGUGACAUGUGACGUAGGGCUACGGAGUAGACAACGGUUUUGUAACAACCCUUUCCCCUCUAUGCUCGGCCAAUACUGCCAAGGCAAAUCCGACGACUACACUGUUUGCAAUACCAAACCGUGCAAAAGUAGAGUUACUUUUUGA